AUAUUCCAAAGUCCAAGUUAUUUGCCCUUUGCAUUCAGCUUAUCAGUACUACUAUUCCUGAUAUAGGUUUAACAUAGCAACGUCGCCGCCGCUGUACCUGCGAUGAGCUAUACAGAUUUUUGAGAACUAUCCCCUAAGAAAAUUUUGGGAAGGAGAAUAGACAUUAUUUUUCGCCUACAGAAAAUCUAAGGUGUGAACAAUAAUUUUACACCGAAGAUGAAGGAUUCCAGAAAACAAAAGUGCAUAGCGCCGAUUGACAUUCGAUGCGUGGAGAAAAGGCUUAGUGUUUGGGAAAAGCGUUUCACCUGAAUUACAACACAGGGCCAAGAAACGACAUUGGUUUACUCAUUGCUGCAGAUGGGAAACAGGGAAGUAUAUCACACUGAUUUUUAAUAAGCCGUGAAUUAAGACAUGUUGCGUGUUGAGGAAAUUGAUAUCAAAUAUCAGAGGUGACAUCAUACAAUGUCAAAUAGCAGGUAGUUAUGUAAAACGAGUGUAAAUAAACAAAAAAAAUUGUAAGGGUGUUAAUUUUAACCACACACAUCCAACAUAGAAGAAAGCUCUACAUCAUGGUGCAAAUGUGGAAAAGAGAGGCCUUUGUGGUCAAACAAUAUCAUUUAGAUAUUCCACAGGGAAUUUCUGAAUUAUCCAAAUCUAUCGACAGUCUUAGAACAAAAAUGGUUAAAGAAGACACAGAGGACUACUCUCCAUUACAAAUGGCAGUAAGAAAUGACCACCUAGAUGACAUAAAAAGCCUAGUCAGUCAAGGGGCGGACGUGAAUCAGGUUAAUGCUGAAGGCUGGACACCGUUAGUAAUUGCUGCAAAGACCGGUAGUGUUGAGGUACUGACGUUUCUUAUCGAUAAAGGGGCUGAUAUAAGAAAGCAUGUUAAAGACAUGACUGCUUUACACAUGACUGCUUUCUAUUGUCAUCUUGAUGCUAUAAAAUAUCUGAUAAGACAAGGGGCUGAGGUCAAUCGGAAAAGUGAUAUUGGCGCCACUGCAAUACACAUUGCUGCUGUAGUUGGUAAUAUUGAGGUCACCAGAUAUCUGAUCAGUCAAGGGGCUGUGGUGGACGAAGGAGAUAACAAUGGUUGGACUGCAUUACACAUUGCUUCUUUCAAAGGUCAUCUUGAUGUCGUAAAAUAUCUGAUCAGUCAAGGGGCUGAGGUGAAUAAAGGAGAUAACUAUGGUGAGACUGCAUUACACUACGCAGCUUUGAAUGGUCAUCUUGAUGUCGUCAAACAUCUGAUCAGUCAAGGGGCAGAGGUGAAUAAAGGAGAAAACAAUGAUGUGACUGCAUUAUACGUUGCUGCCCAGAAUGGUCAUCUUGAUGUCGUCAAACAUCUGAUCAGUCAAGGGGCAGAGGUGAAUAAAGGAGAAAACAAUGAUGUGACUGCAUUAUACGUUGCUGUCCAGAAUGGAAAUAACAAUGAUGUGACUGCAUUACACAUUGCUGCCCAGAAUGGUCAUCUUGAUGUCGUCAAACAUCUGAUCAGUCAAGGGGCAGAGGUGAAUAAAGGAGAAAACAAUGAUGUGACUGCAUUAUACGUUGCUGCCCAGAAUGGUCAUCUUGAUGUCGUCAAACAUCUGAUCAGUCAAGGGGCUGAGGUGAAUAAAGGAAAUAACAAUGAUGUGACUGCCUUAUACAUUGCUGCCGAGAUUGGUCAUCUUGAUGUCGUCAAAUAUCUGAUCAGUCAAGGGGCUGAGGUGAAUAAAGGAAAUAACAAUGAUGUGACUGCAUUAUACAUUGCUGCCCAGAAUGGUCAUCUUGAUGUCGUCAAAUAUCUGAUCAGUCAAGGGGCUGAGGUGAAUAAAGGAAAUAACAAUGAUGUGACUGCAUUACACAUUGCUUCUUUCAAAGGUCAUCUUGAUGUCGUAAAAUAUCUGAUCAGUCAAGGGGCUGAGGUAGAUAAGACCAACAAUAAUGGUGCGACUGCAUUACACAUUGCUGCUCAGAAUGGUCAUCUUGAUGUCUUCAAAUAUCUGAUCAUGCAAGGAGCUGAUGUGAAUAAGGGAAACGACAGUGGUGCGACUGCAUUGCACACUGCUGCUGAGAGUGGUCAUCUUGAUGUCGUCAAAUAUCUGAUCAGUCAAGGGGCUGAGGUGAAUAAAGGAGAUAGUAAUGGUAGGACUGCAUUACACAUUGCUUCCCAGUAUGGUCACAUUGAUGUCGUCAAAUAUCUGAUCAGUCAAGGGGCUGAGGUGAAUAAAGGAGAAAACAAUGAUGUGACUGCAUUACACAUUGCUGCCCAGAAUGGUCAUCUUGAUGUCGUCAAAUAUCUGAUCAGUCAAGGGGCUGAGUAUGGUCAUCUUGAUGUCGUCAAAUAUCUUAUCAGUCAAGGCGCUGAUGUGAAUAAAGGAUACGACAGUGGUGCGACUGCAUUGCACACUGCUGCUCAGAAUGGUCAUCUUGAUGUCGUCAAAUAUCUGAUCAGUCAAGCGGCAGAGAGGCCUGAUGAAGGCCCUUCUGGCCUAAAGCUAGCCAAAUAA